CCGAGCCACAAGCAUGGAACCGCCGCCAGUGCCACAUGAUGCCGCAUUCUGGCUGCCAUUAUCUACAGGCCAGAGGAUGCUGUGUCUAAAGAUCGAUCCAUCUGAGGAAUUGCUGCAGAGCGCUUUCAAUAUUUUGGAUGAGGCUUUGACGCGUUUGGAACCCAACAUCUCUCGACAGGAACUCAUCGAAGAGGACGCCACUGCAUCCUUGAGCCAGUUGCGCUCGAUGGGAAUUUGGCCUGGAGAGGGUUUUGGCCUGAAACUCUCGAUGGGCACCUCUGGCCCCUGUGCUUGUGGGACGGGCUCUAACCAGAAGCACCGGAAGCGGGUCUCAGCACUGUCGAUGGCUCUAGCGCUCUUUGUGCAUCACUCGUCCAACCCACAGGUCCCGACCAUUCUUUCAUGUCAUUGCGGCCUGAGACCCCUGGCGACGCUGUGCUACCAACGCCUUCAUCAACCGAUAGCAGACUUCGUCCGAGACCUUCCGCCACCGACACCGACACCGACACCCGCGACGCCGGCCGCGGUGCCGACGGUGGAUCUGGCGCUGUUGAGCCCGGCCGAGCGGUUGAUGGCGAAGGCCAGAGCCUUCGGGGCAGAAGAUUGCUGUGUAAGGGAUCCUUACAUGACAGUGGAUGAGCAGAACCAGUGGGUCCUUUGUGCUGCCUGCAACAAGCACAUGAAUUCUGCCCACGUCGUGAGUAAGAAACAUGUAUCAUAUCUGGGUAACAUCGCAGAGACCUUGCACUGGAUCCGCAACAACGAGCGCCCUGGGCGACAACUGGUACCGUGCCUGCGGAUGUUGGAGGACAAUCCACGCAGCUGGCAGCAAAACCCGCAGGUUUCAAGUGCAGCACCGCAGGCGCAGCAGGCGCAAGCUGCCUACUCUCCUCCAACGGCCCCUCAAAGGCCGAUGACACAGGCGACACAGGCACCGGUCCCGCCUGUCCCGCCUCGGAGUACAGCUCCCAAUGUUCAAUACUUUCCUCCGCCGAAGGAGCAGGCGUUUCCAACCGAAGAACAAGUCCUCGAGUAUGUCAUACGAUCAAGAGACCGCAAGUUUGGUACUCUCAAGCAGCGCAAUGGUGGACAGGUUGUCGUUUUUGCUCAUGUUGAACCCUUGAUCCAGGAAUUCUGAGCUUGAAGUUGUAGCGUGACGGACAUCCACUUGUAGAAGACUAU